AUGUCUUCCAAAGAUACGUGUGGGAAACGCCAUCAUCCUGUGGCCAGCCUUUGCAGGAAGCUCCAAGCUAUCAACAUGAUGGACCAAGCUUCAAAUCCCGCCUUGCAGAUUCCCAAAUUCCAAUCAAAAAACUUCGACAGUCCGCAGAGUAACACAAAGAAAAACCUGGAAGAAAUCCUGAAGAAAAGGACACUAAAAAGCAACAGUUCUCUGGACACCAACCUCUUUUUGCUAAGUCCUUCCAGCGACAACCUCUUCUCGCCAAACCCUGGUAUGGUGCAAACGCCCCGUCAUCGACGUAUUUCGGAUAUUCGCUCCGAGUCCUUUUCGCUGGGUGGGAAUAAAGAGAAGCUCAACAAAUCGUGGGUUUUGGUAAAUCAGAGAGGGAACGGUUCAUCCCAUCUCACUAAACAUGGAGAGUCAACCUCUGAUUAUCUUUGUGGCAACUCUAAUAUCGAGCCGAAGGUCACCUCACCUCUGGAAUGCAACUAUUUCACAUCGAGUCCUGAUUUAUUUAUCCAAGGACCAAAAUCCGUACAGCCCACUCUUCCUUCUCCUCCACCCAAAAGAUUCUCCUUCGGAUGGAAGAUGGCAAUGGACAACAGAGAAAAUGAAGACUCUGACAUAAGUCUGAUUUGUGAAGAAGACCUACUGACUACUAUGUUUUCUGCAUGCGAUGUGGAAAGAAGAGGCAAAGUGGCCGUUUCUAAAUUAGUUGACUUCCUGAGGAACACGACAAGUCGGAGUUCAGAAGACAGCGGCCUUGAAGAUUUGUGCAACAUGCUUGAUCCUGAUCAUAGGGAUAUCUCUAUGGACUUGGAGACCUACCAUGCCAUCAUGAAAGAAUGGAUUGAAGAUUGCAAAAGAAACUGGAAUGAGCUACCCACCAAGGAGGCAACCCCUGAAAAUAAUUUCUCAGCGAAAAGGUUGAACAUAACUUCUGGAAGCCUAGAAGCACUUGGCGGUGAUGUGUCAAGAGGAGAUUUAGAAACAUCUGAUUUGAUUACUUGCGUAGCUGAUCUUCAGUUCAACAACCAGAAACUUCAAGAGGAAAACGACCAGUUGAAGCUGGCACUGGAUGCCAUGGAAGAGACCAAUAAUAGACUGAUGGAAGAUGGCGGGGAGUUGCGGAAUCAGAUAAAAAGCUCCCAGCAGUCUGCAAGUCAAGUAAAAACUUUAAAAGAGGAAUUGGAAGAAGUGAAGAACAUUCUGGGUACCUCUGAAGAAAAGAGACAGUUGAUGGCAAUCCAGAAUAAACAGCUUGAAAAAGAGAAUCAGUCCCUCGUUCUUAAGAUUUCUUCCCUUCAAGAGGAGAACAUUAGAAAUGCUCUUGAUUCAGAUGGUCUCCAGAAGAAGAUUGAGGAGCUGUCCCAGAAUAUUAGCGAACUCCAAAUGCAAACACAUCUUUAUGAAAGCACUGUGAGAAGUAAAGACACAACACUCCUUAAGAAGGAGCAGGAUAUACAAGAACUAAAGUCUGCCUUGAAGGAAUACACGUCGGUGAUAGAGACUCUACGCGUAGAGAAAAAUAAAUUGUUGAACAACAUUCAGCAGAUGCAGCAAGAACUGAUCUCGAAUGGUAUCAACUUCCCCUUAAUCUACAAGUUCAACAGCAGCUUCCUGGAAGCAACCAAUUCAUUGCAGUGCGAACUGGAACUGGCCCAGGAAUCGUCAGAGAUCCCUGGAAUUGAGUGGACAGCGCUUGAUGAAUCAUUGGACAGAGAAGUUUUACUACUUCUUGAAGGGCCAGAGCGAGUAGGAGAAAAGUUCAAGGCCACCAUUCUGAACCUGGUAAAUGGAACAUGGUUCUUCUCACUUAUCAAUACUGCUACUUGUGUCCAGAUUAUAAAAGAAAAUAUAGCGUAUAAAUGUUCUCGAGAAGAACUUUCUCAAGUUGAAGAUUUAGCAGGGCUACCUUUGCUGAACCCAACAGACUGUGAAUUGGAUCUGCAAGAAACUUAUCAGAAGACCUUGGUGGACCUCAAGAAAACUCUGGAGAAUAAAAGAACCCAGUGGCUUCAGAAACUAAAUUUUUUGGAAGCUCAGAAGGAAUCCCUGGAUAAGGAGCUCAUUAAAAUGGCAGGAAACAUGCGGAGGAUGAGAACAGAACAGCUACAUUUAAAGAAAACGCUUUUGUCCAGACAACACGAGAUCCAAUCCACCAAACAGCUCAAAGAAGAUGCUUUGGCAGAAGCAGACGUCUUAAAAUUGAAACUGCAAGAGCUAACUGAACAAUUAGAGGAAGCUGGGAAGAGGGUUAAGGAUCGCGAGAGUGACUUUCACGCUGCCCACGAGGAAGUAGGGUCUUUACAGAAGAAGCUAGAAGAAAGCGUUGCCGAGCAAGGAAGCCUCCAGGGUAGAAAUACAGAUUUAACGCGGACUUGCCAACAGCUGGAACGGCAAGUUAAGGAACAAAGUACUGCUCUGGAGUCACUCAAGGAGAAGUAUUUAAAAAGACUGUUCUGUGGUGUACUUUGUCAGAGGUGUGCGUUCGAUCGUGAUGAGAGCCCAUCGUUCUGCUCUAACGUCAAUGAAGAGAUAAGAACAGAAGAGAAGGAAACCUGUUGCUAUCAAAGACUAGGAACCCAGCUCCCCUGGCCUUGGAGCACGUGCUGGUCCACACAAGAUAUUUUACUGCUAGAAGCAUUGUCACUUGAUUCUCUGCAACUGGUUCGAAGAAGCUCUCUGCCCAGGACUGUUGGAUAUUCUCAAAUAUUGUUGAUAUUGGGGAAACAACGCUUAAGAGAUGGAACCACCUCAGAUGUGAUAUUGGAUGAAUACAAGUGUAAUCACCAUUCAGUUGGUAACCAGACGGAUGCAGACCUGAUCUCCGGGAUAAAGAUGGACUCUCCCAAGGAGAGUGAAGCUGGCGCAUUAACAGACACCUCAUUCAGUGAACUAAUUUCAUCCGAAGAAACUUCCGUUUCUGCUGCAGAGGGCAUUAAAGAAUCACAAGAUGCGAACUCUACACUACUGGAACCUGAGGGGGAAACACACCUCUCUACUUUACCGUUGCAGCAAGUAACUGUUGCUUCAAAAGAGGAAGCUCUAGAAGAUGCCUCCAGCAACAAGACUGGUGAUUCGUCUUCAUGUCAGGAUCUGUCAAGCAGCGUCAGAUGCCAAAAGAACCAGGAUGUUGGCUCUCCCAACGAGAAAGAAGUGGAGGCAGAAUUUCUACGGCUGUCUCUUGGAUUCAAAUGUGACCUCUUUACUUUGGAGAAGAGAGUCAGGCUUGAAGAACGAUCUCGGGAUCUCGCGGAAGGGAGCCUGAGGAAAGAAAUUGCUGGCGCCUUGAAACUACUUGAUUCUUUAGCCUCUCUAAGUGAAGAUAACCAGGUGCAGGAGAUCGUUAAGAAGCUGCAGAAGAGUCUGGACCUACUAGAUCAGCACGCCACCAGAAUCGCUAGCAAAGCAGAAAUGCUGGGAGCUGUUCAUCAGGAAAGCCGGGUCAGUAAGGCAGUAGAAGUGAUGAUUCAGCACGUGGAAAACUUAAAGCGUACAUACGCAAGAGAGCACGCAGAACUGGAAGAGCUGAAGGAGCUAUUACUCCAGAAUGAGAAGUCCUUCAGCUCUAUGGGGGACCGAGAUGACUCUUCAAUUAAAAAACUCUCUGGUUCUCUCAAGCCAUCAUCACUACGCAGAGUUAGCACUGCAUCCUUGCCUAGGAACAGUAAUGGAAAUGCAGUCAUGAACGAAGCGGACGGAAACAACCGGAAUGAAAAAUUCAACAGGCGCUCAAGUUGGAGUCUAAGGGGAACCAAACAAGGAGAAAAACGGCCCUCGCUACAGCGCUUCAUCAGCUCAACUUCCUGGACAGAGUCGGAGGAAGAACAACUGGAAUUAGAGGCUGCUCUUCAGGAACCAGCGGCUCCAGAGAUCCAGGGAGGUAAAGCACGAAAGCUGAGCGAAAAGGAAAUCAACACGACUAAAUGGGGGCUACGCUCACUGUGUACGAAAGUGUCUUCUUGGGCCUCCACUUUUAGGACUUCUUUCUCCAGGAUUAGCAAAGCCCUCUGUGCGUCUGUCGUUGCAGUUGUGCUCUUUGCCGUCCUGAUCACUUUUGUCAUGGGAUUUUCCUUCCAUCAACCUGUGGAAGCCUCUUCUGAGGGCACCGGUACCGCUUGGACCUCAGUACAGAAAUUCUUAUGGCCAUACACACGUCUCCUCCACCAUGGACCACCACCUGUAUAAUUCAGCAGUAUUCAGAAUGGAUUUUUUUCCCUUCUACUGCAGGGUUUUCUCAGGCUUGGCAACUCUUAAGGUGGGUUGACUUCAACUUCCAGAAUUCCCCUGGCUGGCUGAGGAAUUCUGGGAGUUGAAGUCCACCCACCUUAGAGUUGCCAAGUUUUGGGGGAAGAAACCUCUUCUAGUGUCUGUUCAGCAUGUAGCCUUAAAUUGAAUAAUCUAGCAGGCGGAUUAAGCAAUUUAGGUUUAUCACAUUUUAAAUUUCUGACUGUAGAGAAAAUGCAAUUUUGACGCGUCAUCGAAUAUUUCUGUUAAUUCGGGACCAUGCCAUUCAGAAACAAGAUACGAUUCGUUCUUUUCAAAGUAGAGCUUCUGAAUGAUUGAAACUUCUUUUUUUUUUUAAUUUUUAUCCAUUUUUCUCUUCUCUCCCCUCCCAGCCCCCAAAUUUCACCAAAGAGUUUAUAGAAACAAAAUAUAUUUAAAAAAAAAAAUUUUUUUUUUCCAGGGCAUGUAGUCUAUCCAUAAAUGGCUUAUUUAUUUAUUUUUCUUUUUUAAAAAAGAUGUCCGAAAUGCAAUUUCUUCCACCUCAUUAUUGACUGGAGUGUCUUGAACUCA